GGAAAGAAUAGUGAUCCAAAGACAUGUUUAUUUAUAGGGAUCAUAAUGGCGGACAAUAGCAUCCGUGCAUGUGAGGAAAACUAGCCGAUGUCAUCUUUUCCAGCUUACGUUUCUUCAUCAAAUCCCCUUUGUCUUUCAGAAGUCCAAUGUUUGUUUAGUUUUGGCUGUCCCCUCUGUGCAAAGAAGCUCACGUUUUGCAUCCGGAAUUCUUGGUAUUCCGAUAUCCGACUUUUGUAUUCAACGCAUUAAGUCUUUAGGAAGGGUACUUUCAGAUCUGUGACGCUCGGGUUUAGAUCUAGAGGGCAGGCCGUGGAAAAAAGGUGUGCCAAGGUUCAGAAGCCGUCCAUAUUUUAAGCUCGAUAUAUAAAUGGACGAAGAGGAACGAAGCGACCUCGCAAGCCCCAUGGAAGACAACGACCCACCUCAAUUCACAGCAAAAGAUAAUGGUCACUCUAUGCACACACCUGAUCCUGAAUCCAGCCUGCCUGAGCUUGCGGAGAGUUUGGAUCGUGUAGAGGUAUUGAAGGGACCAGAAACGAAUGCAGAACAACCUGUGGAUGACGACGAUGUUCCACUUGCGAGACCUCACAAUACUGAUGACGUACCCCCAGCACAGUCGGAAGCACAUCAAAGCGUUGCUGCUAUUGAGUACUCAGACGACGAUGAUGAUAUCCCAUUAGCCCAAACUUCGUCGUCCAAAACAGCGGCGCCAAUACUUGCGAGCGACGAGGAUGAUGAUGUUCCUCUGGUCAACCAUGUCGCUUCCUCAUCAUCGCAGCACACCUCAUCUCACCAAUCCAAAGGCAAAGACACGCAACCCAUAACUCGCCCAUCAGCGAACGCAACAUCAAGUAUGUCUUCAGCACCCCCAGCAUCAUCCCUCGCACCAUCAAUCAAUUCUCGUCCCUACAGCGAUGAUGAUGAAGAUAUUCCUCUAUCCCAAUACACCGGUUCAGAUCGUGCAUCCUCACAUCGGACAUUCGCAGAGGACGAUAGACCCCUUUCUGAAUACACACAGUUCUCCGAUCGAUCCUCAUAUUACCAAACCCCAACCUCAACCUUCCGCCCAGCUUCCUCCCUCAGGUCCUACGAUUCCCAUAUAUUCGCACACCUAGACAACUUGGUAUCAUCGCGGAUCGCACCUUUUGUUGCCCACAUUCAACGGCUCGAGCAACAGGUCCAGUACCUGACCGCCCAGCUAGCGGAAGUCCAGGAACACGCUCGGCAUUACGGCCCACAAGUUCAAUUAGGGCCAGGAAAGUUUUUAGCACAAGUGCCUGAUCCAGCACUGGAGUUAUCCAAAAAAGUGUCAAAGGCGCUUACAGGUUUAGCUCAGACGAACCCAAUAGCUGCACCAAAGCCGGCUACACUAGGGAGUGGGCUUGUCGCUGGAAUGCCUGUCAAGGUUCAUUAUGUCGAAAGUGGAGAGUCUGGGUAUGGAGGGGGGGCAACAGGGGCACCGCAUUUUGAUUUGGCUUCCGAGAGAGUCGUUUGUCCGAAAUGUCAAGGCAAGGGCUGGGAGCACGGCAGUCCUUCAAAGCACAAAACAGCCACAAACGUACGAUGCAAGAAAUGUACAGACUGUCAUGAAUGCGGUGGAUCUGGCAUGAUUUUCGAUAAAAACCUCUGCGAGACAUGCGAAGCUCGUGGAUUCAGCCAUACCGACAAAACAUCACCACACGAAGCCCCCUCCACAACAACCCGUUGCCCCACCUGCACCACCUGUCCAACAUGCAAAGGAAGAGGUCUAACAGAAGCACCCCCAAUCCUCGCUGCAGAAGCAUCAUCACAAGAACUUCUCUGGAAACGAAAAUCAUACGCUAUGGGCGCUCUUCCAAAAGUUUCUGGAGAACUUGAAGCGCAACGGAAAUCAUUGGCAGUUUCGCUGGAUGUCGGUGUUGCAGGCAGUACUGUCGGCGUUGCCAAUACUUUUAGUACGUUGAUCGAGCAGGACAAGACUGUGCAGGUUGUGGAACAUCCACCCGAUAGUAAUCAUCAACCUCCAGAUGGUGAAAUUCAAGCUGCACAAUGAUGUAUGUAAUAAUUUAGGAAUAUCCAAAAUAUUCUAUUAGUUAUAUAUCUUUUUUUCGGCGCUAUGUCCGUGUACUUUUUGUAUGGUAUGCAAUGACAACAAGAACAUCACUUGGACGUCGGAAAAUAUCCUGCCUUGUUUUUACUUGUUUAACUACUAUUUUCUUGCCAAC